AUAUGGUAUGUACAGUAUUUGCUAUUCCUCCACCUCAUCCCUCCUACAAAUGAGCUCGCAUUUUCCGCUUCACCUCAAUAUCACGUUGCACUCGAAACAAGUCAAGUCGGCUGCUCUUAACAUUUUUUUCUCCUACGAACCACUCGUUCACGACGUGGGUAUGGCUACCGCGAUUGUCGUCUUACUUUUUUUCAUCUUCGUCAUCCUGCUUCUACUGCUCAUCGUCCUCUACAAGAAGUUGAACAGGGAGACCAACGGACAAUACACUUUACAGCGUGUUGUCUAUGGAGAAGGGGGUCUCCGGGACCGCGCCAGAACGAUGGCAGCUGUCCUGGAGAACCGCCUGGGAGUUCAAUUAUGGCCCCAUGGCAGUUCUGACGAAGACGGAGAAGAAAUGCAGGAUUUUCAGGAGGAGCCCAGACAAAAGGCAGAGUAUUGUAGUGGAUCGAGUGAUGGGAGCCAGAAUGGUGAAGAUGGCAAGCCACAGGGGUGGAGCGUCAAGGCAAGGAGAGAGAGUGAGACACAUGAGGAAUCGAGGGGGACUGAUGUUUUUAUCAAUUUAAAUCAGUUCUCCAAGAGUGUGAUGUGGUCUGAGCAGGAUGACUAGCAGACAACACAAGAGUCUCAGAGAUGCUAGUUUUCCGUUCAAUUGUCAAUAAACGCAACAUGUCAAA